GCCCCCAUGUGCGGGCCCCGCUCCGCCCCACGCGUGGGCGCCGGGUGCAGCUGAGACGGGAAAGCGAGAAGGAAAGGGGUCGGUGCUACCGCCGCCGCCGCCGCUCCGGCAUGAGCGCGGCUUUCCAGCCCUCGCUGAUGAUGAUGCAGCGCCCGCUGGGAAGCAGCACGGCCUUCAGCAUCGACUCGCUGAUCGGCAGCCCCCCGCCGCCCGCCCCGGGACACUUCGUCUACACGGGCUACCCCAUGUUCAUGCCGUACCGGCCCGUGGUGCUGCCGCCCCCGCCGCCGCCGCCCCCGGCCGCGCUGCAGCCCGCGCUGCCCCCCGCGCACCCCCACCACCCCCACCAGCUGCCCAGCCUGCCCACCGGCUUCUGCUCCAGCCUGGCGCAGGGCAUGGCUCUCACCUCCACCCUCAUGGCCACGCUGCCCGGCACCUUCCCGGCCUCCCCGCAGCACCAGGAAGCGGCCAGGAAGUUCGCGCCCCCGGGAAACUUCGAUAAAGCCGAAGGGAUGCCCCCGGACGGCGGCGGCGACGACGGCAAAGCCUUCCUGGGGAAGGACGGAGCCCUCCUGCCCUUCCCCGCUGCCGACGCCGUCCAAGCUUCCCUCGCUGGAGCUCUCCGUGGCCAGGGCAAGGAGGACCCCAAAGCAGAAGAGGACGCGAAAGGCAAGGAGGAAAGUUUCUCCAUGGACAGCGAUUUAGACUAUAGCUCGGAUGACAACAUCCCUGGCCAGGCGGCUCACAAGGAAGAGGACUCUGCCAACGCGCUGGAGGAGAACCCCCAAAACCCCCCUAAUUCCACCAACACCACGUCCACGGGCAAAAACCGUCGGAGGCGAACAGCCUUCACGAGCGAGCAGCUGCUGGAGCUGGAAAAGGAAUUUCACUGCAAAAAGUACCUGUCCCUGACCGAGAGGUCCCAGAUCGCUCAUGCCCUCAAACUCAGCGAGGUGCAGGUGAAAAUCUGGUUCCAGAACAGACGGGCGAAGUGGAAACGGGUCAAGGCAGGCAACGCCAACUCCAAGACAGGGGAGCCCUCCCGAAACCCUAAGAUCGUGGUACCCAUCCCGGUGCACGUCAGCAGGUUUGCGAUCAGGAGUCAGCAUCAGCAGCUGGAGCAAGCCCGACCCUGAUCCCUCCUCCCUAUGCUCAGAACCACAAGUUUUUGAGGAAAAAGUUUCCAAAUGAGGGUUUAAAACCAACCCACUCAAAAAAAAAAAAAUAAUAAAUGAAGCAAGAAAAUCCCUUAAAGCAAAGAAGAAAGAAAAUGAAAUCCAAUGUUGAGUGCAUGGCAAAUCCCUGCCAGGAGCGAACUCUAAAGCGAAACUUUCCACUUACCGAGUCAAGCGAGAGUCUGCGAAGGCAAAAGGCUUGGAAACUGUUUUGGUUCGGAGCAGGAAUAUCAACCCCUGGAAGAGACACACAGAUAUUUAUUAUUACGCUGCCCUACUUUGUACAUACUCGCGCUGUCUUGGCUGCGACGGGGACCACAGAUGCCGUACGGUGCCGGCGCUGGAUCCAGCAGCGAUUUGCCCGUUGUCAGCAGCAGAGACACCCCCAGCGAAACCCACAGAACGCCUUUGGCCACCUUUUGGGGUUUCUUUCUUAUCGGGGGCAAAAGGUAAAAAGACAAGAGAACAAAAAAAAACAAAACAAAACAAAAAAAACCCAACAAAACGAAAGAAAACUAAGAGUUUCAUUUCAUGCCUUUUUUAUUGUUUGGUUUUAUUUCCCAUGGCUGAGCGGCAGGCACUGGGGGACAGUUUUUUAAAUAUAUUUUUUGCCUGGCUUUCUGUCGAUUUGUUUUGCCUAUUCUACAAAGCCAUGUUUGAAAGAGAG